GGCGAAGUGGAAGUUCUUUUUGGGGGGUUUUCUCGGAGCAUAAAUAUCGGAGGCUGCUACUCUGCUCUACCACCAUCCCUCAAGCCAUCAAAUCCAUCAUUCUUCCCGAACAAACCCUUGCAGGCAACCUCCAAGCCUCAAUUCAGCCCGAAAAGAGUCGACACAGCAUCAGGCCAUCGCUCUCCACCCUUCAGUUUUCUUACAUAUAUAAGCUCUUGUCGCUCUGAUUGAAUCGAGAAGCUCUCGUCCGAUCAGAUCAUCACCACUCCAUCUUUCUUCUUUUUUUUCUUGUUCAAGAAUUAAAUCAGCCAAAAUGGUAUCUUUCCGCCCCCUUUCUCGUUCAGUAUCACUCGCCUCGCGAGCUACCCUCGUCUCUUCAACCCCUUCUAUUGCUUCCCGUCAAUUCUCCUCGCGCGCAGCUGGCCUGGCCAACUCCUCCAAGCUGGGCUCCUUCACCAAGCCACGCCUCAUGCCGUCAUCAAUCCGCACGCUGACAACCGCCCGCGAAAAGGUCAAAGUUCUUCUCGUCCUCUACGACGGUGGCAAGCACGCCCAGGAAGUCCCUGCCCUUCUCGGAACGACUGAGAAUGAGCUCGGCAUCCGCAAGUGGCUCGAGGACCAGGGCCACACUCUGGUCACCACCUCUGACAAGGAGGGAGAAAAUUCCAAGUUCGACCAGGAGCUGGUUGACGCCGAAGUCAUCAUCACCACCCCCUUCCACCCCGGUUACCUGACCGCUGAGCGUCUGGCCAAGGCCAAGAACCUCAAGAUCGCCAUCACCGCUGGUAUCGGCUCCGACCACGUCGACCUGGUCGCCGCCAACAAGACCAACGGCGGCAUCACCGUCGCCGAGGUCACCGGCUCCAACGUCGUCUCCGUCGCCGAGCACGUCGUCAUGACCAUCCUCGUCCUCCUCCGCAACUUCGUGCCCGCCCACGAGCAGGUCGCCAGCGGCAAGUGGGACGUCGCCGCCGUCGCCAAGCAGGAGUACGACCUCGAGGGCAAGGUUGUUGGUACUGUCGCCGUCGGCCGUAUUGGUGAGCGUGUCCUGCGCCGCCUCAAGCCCUUUGGCUGCAAGGAGCUGCUGUACUUUGACUACCAGGGCCUCAAGCCCGAGGUCGAGGCCGAGAUUGGCUGCCGCCGCGUCGACACCCUCGAGGAGAUGCUCGCCCAGUGCGACGUCGUCACCAUCAACUGCCCGCUGCACGAGAAGACAAAGGGCCUCUUCAACAAGGAGCUCAUCAGCAAGAUGAAGAAGGGCUCCUACCUCGUCAACACCGCCCGUGGCGCCAUCGUCGUCAAGGAGGAUGUCGCCGAGGCUCUCCGCACCGGCCACCUCGCCGGCUACGGUGGUGAUGUCUGGUUCCCCCAGCCCGCCCCUGCCGACCACCCUCUCCGCACCGCCGUCAACCCCUUCGGCUUCGGCAACGCCAUGACCCCCCACAUGUCCGGAACUUCUCUGGAUGCCCAGAAGCGCUACGCCGACGGCACCAAGGCUAUCCUCGAGAGCUACCUCACCGGCAAGCACGACUACCGCCCUGAGGAUCUGAUCGUCUACAACGGUGACUGGGCUACCCGCUCUUAUGGUCAGCGUGACAAGAUCAACACCGUCAAGCAGUAGAUUGGUGGAAGAACGAAAGGAGGAACCUGAAAGGGGGGGAGGUAUUUGCCUGGCUUGACAAAGGAGGGAACAAGAAAACCCGCCUGCUGAAAGAAACCAAAAUGAACACUUAACAAAAUCGGCUCAUCCAUGUAUAUGAUAACGCUGAACAACGACACGAAUACCUCUUGCAUAUCUAGCUAUUAGUGCCAGCAACAAUACGAUAUCUUUUUUUUUAU